GACAUCACACCCGCGAGUCCCUGGGGUCCGGUCAUUGCUGCUGGGCCCAGCGAGGUCCAAGCUCAGGUCGCCCUGCCCCCUACCCCCCAUGCCAGAUCCAGCAUCGUUGUGGGCAAACAAUUAUCUGGAUGAUCUUUAUGGGGCUUAAGCUUGGGUGGGAGCAGAUGGGGCAUGAGCUGGGGAUUUGGGGAUGGGGAGAAUCCACACCCCCACGUCCUGGACGUUUAAAAGGCCCUCUCUGGCACUGGGCCGGGGCAGAGGCCAGCAGAAAAGUGACUGGAAUCCAGGGACAUGAUGGAUCAGGAGGAGAAGACGGAGGAAGGCUCAGGCCCCUGUGCCGAGGCGGGCUCCCCAGACCAGGAGGGCUUCUUCAAUCUGCUGAGCCAUGUGCAGGGUGACCGGAUGGAGGGGCAGCGCUGUUCACUGCAGGCCGGGCCGGACCAGACCACCAAGAGCCAGAGCGACCCCACCCCCGAGAUGGACACCCUCAUGGACAUGCUGGCCAGUACCCAGGGCCGCCGCAUGGAUGACCAACGUGUGACAGUCAGCAGCCUGCCCGGCUUCCAGCCCGUGGGGUCCAAGGACGGAGCGCAGAAACGAGCUGGGACCCUCAGUCCCCAACCCCUGCUCACCCCUCAGGACCCGACCGCUCUCAGCUUCCGUCGGAACAGCAGCCCCCAGCCCCCGACACAAGCCCCCUGAGGGCCUGAGGCAUCCUGGGUCUCACUCGGCCCCCAAAAGCUGAUAAAAGAAUAAAACACUUCCAUAAGUAACAAGGAA